UUAGUAUGCGGUGUCCUUGUGCAUGAGUGGAUUCAGACUGCGCUCUCCACUAUAAGCGCAAUGGACAAGUUCGUGUACGAUUAUGGAGACUCCUCUUCUCUGGGCCAAUUUCACGCCGGGUGGUUCUCGGUAACGAUCAUGACUGGCAUGAUUUCAAUGGUCGUGCAAACCUUUUUCGCUUGGCGGAUAUGCAAGCUAUCU